AUGGAUAGGUUACAGAAGGCAGUGGAUUUCUGCAUCCACCACCAGACCACUGUGAGUUUCAGCAUGAUGUCCCUGCUGAUGGCUACCAGCGAGCACAUCUUCUCAUCUGUGGUGUUCAAGUGUCCCUGCAACUCUGGGAACCUGGUGUAUGGUUAUUCCUUCCUCUUAGCACCUGCCUUCGUCCUCUGGCUGCUCAGCUACUUGAUGAAUACCAGGACAUGGCACCUGUUUACAGGCAUGUGCUCUCUGGAGAAGCAUCCCCAGUGCUGUUCCUGGUGAACCUGUGCCCGCUUCUGCCAGCUGUUGGUGCCAAUGACAGCCAAAGCCUCGGUGGCCCCGCUCACCUGGAUAGCGGUGGCCCUGCUCGGAGCCAACUUCUACGAGUGUGUGGCCAGCGGGAGCAACAUGUCAGCGCCCCUCUUCUGUAAAAAUAAUAUAAAUUACAACCAAGAGCAGCUGUACAAAAUGCCCUGUGAUAAGAACUUGUCAGCAGUGAUGUCAAGUGCAUGCCUCAGCUUUCAUGCGCAGUCCCAGCUGAUAGGAUGGUUCCUGAUGGCCAGCAUCAUGACUGUGGCACUGAUUUCAAAAUGUGUCACCCACUGCCGCUCCCCUGUCAGCUAUCUUCAGCUCAAGUUCAGGAAAAUUUACUCAAGAAAAGAACAUGAACUCCUUAAGAUCAAAGCCAAAGAGCACGCAACAGAGCUAGCAGAAGGAAAAAAUUGCUUUUUUGAAGCCACUGAUCCAGCACCAUUUCACACUCCAAGCAAUGAAGACUGGCAGAAGAUUUCAGUCUUGUAUACCUUUAAUUCACAAGAGCAGUAUUACAGCGUGAUACACAAGUAUGUGAGCACCAGCAGAGGCAAGAGCACCAAAUUCGAGGAAGAAGGUCAGCAUCUCACUGUUUUACAAUUUGUGGAUGAAGACCAGGCAAGAGUUUCAGGGUUGUAA